GUCACACUGGAAGCGGUGUUGUCCUGCGGUCACAGUUCUCUGGGACGCUUCUCUCUGCCGGUGUGUGUCCAGUGUGUGUCCGGUGUGUGUGCGCGAGGAUGAAGACGUGUUGCACGGUGAUGGCGAGUCUGCUUUUAGCCGCAGUUUUCACGCUUGUGAGCUGCAGCUCGGCCACAAUGAAGAGAGUUACGAACGUUCAGCUUUCGAGCUUCGACUGGAAGAACUGUGGGAAGCCCGACGCUCCGGCCGUGCUGAGUUCUCUGACCAUCUCUCCGGAUCCCAUCUCCAUCCCAGGAGACCUCACGGCCUCGGCAUCCGGAUCCACGACUGUGGCGCUCACCGCUCCGCUGGCUGUGAACGUGACCCUGGAGAAGGAGGUGGCAGGUUUCUGGGUGAAGAUCCCUUGCGUGGAGGAACUGGGCAGCUGUAACUAUGAGAACGUCUGUGACCUCCUGGACCAGGUGAUCCCCCCGGGGCAGGACUGUCCAGAGCCGCUGCACUCCUACGGGCUGCCCUGCCACUGCCCCUUCAAAUCUGGAACGUACUCGCUGCCUCAGUCCGACUUCUACCUGCCCUACAUGGACCUGCCCUACUGGCUGACCAACGGGAACUACCGGGUGCAGGGGGUCCUGGGAGAGGGGGGCCAAGAGCUGGGCUGCCUCAAAGUGGCCCUGUCCAUCCACUCCGACUGAGACGCACGAAGACCAGCAUCUCGGAACGCGCACAUUCAAAUCCUCAAAGAUAAGGAACACAGGAAAGGUUGAUAGGGGAAACUAAAAUAUUAGGACGUUUUAUGAAUGGAGUGUUUUUGGGAGCUUCUGAUUGAAAUCUGUGGAAAAACAAAGGAACCCUGCUUGUAUUAACGACUCUUUCUGCUCCCUCUACCUGUAGAACAGCUGCAAACACAUUAGCUCUUUUUACCUCUUUAAUUAUAAUUGAAUUGUUACAAACUCUUUGUCCUGAACUUUCGUAUCUACAGAAAAACUGUGAACACAAAAGCUGAAUGGAUUUUUAAUUGUAAUAUUUACUUAGCUAGCGAACUAAUAAUGAUAAAAGUAUUUUUUUGGUAUGUAAAUAUCAGAAUAUUUUUUUUUAAUUGUAAUUUUAAAAUGACACAUGAUCUAAAGAUAGUUUCUGCAAGUGAACUUCCAAAAAUGAGCAUGUAUAGCAUCGGACUUAUGGAUUUUAUGAUAACACUUAACAGCUGUUUUCUGCUCCAUCUAUCUCUAGAAAAACUGCGUACAUUUUCAGUUUGUGGCUUUCUGACUGAACAUUAGACAAAAGUGUGAAACUGUUUCAGUGUAUCAGAAGAUUUACAUGAAAUAUACAAACAUGGUUUUUUAUUGUGAAGAAGCAGAAAUUAAAUGGAAAAUUUUUUAUUUCCCUCGUACAAAUUACUAUUUUUUUUCACUCCAGUUUCCUUCCUAAUGUAACUUUUUGUUCUCUCUUUUGCACAUGUUUGUAUCUCUGCCUUGCUUUAUUCUCUUCCAUGGUGUGUAACUUGUUUAAAGUGAGGGAAAAAAAUGAAUAUUCACGAAAACAAAGUGUAAAGUGUCCAAGUAUUUUCAUCAAGACAGCAAAGUGAUUAAAACGUGAGGAAAUAAAGUAGCAGAAACUGAAAUCCAGAUCAUGCAACCAUUUUUUUUAACCAGAAUGCUUUAACUACAUUUUCUAUAGUUUUCAAUUUUUUUGAGGCACAUCUUUAAAGUUUCCACCAGUUUACACAACUUUAUAGUGAUUUAAUAACAUAAAAUAAAUAAAUAAAACCUAAUUAAAUGUAGCAUCUGUGAGCUGACUAGAUUGUUUAUUUUUUAUUAAUUUUUAGCUGCUUUUUAAUCUUUUCAUUGAUUUAUUCAUGUUUAACAAUGGGAUAAUUGAUUGUUUUCUUUUUUUCUUACAAAGUGCCUGACUUGAUGUUUAGAGGAGAAGAAUAAAACCUCUUUUAGGAUUUCUUGUUGUUGACACCAACACUGUUCACUGUGCUGCAUCAGACUGAUUCCAGUGUUCACUUUUUUAAUAAAGUUUUAUUGACACGUUU